UCAAAGGAGUCCUUUGUUAUCGUUGUCUACUCUACGCUUUUGAAAUGAACUUGAAGCUCCACUCCGGCGCCCUGAGCUCCUCCCGCGUCCGGCACGAAUUCCCGGCGAAUAGAACCCUCCUAGUUUCUGCCAAAAUCAAAGAGCCGGAGGCAAUUCUUCGCCGCCGUCUCGCGCUGAGGAAAGCGGACAGAGAGCUAUCGAGAGGAAACUACAAGACAGCGCUCACUUUGGUCAAGCAGUUGCAGGGAAAGCCUGGUGGCCUCCGUGGGUUUGGUGCCGCAAAGCAGGUUCCUCGGAGAAUCUCAUCCUUGAAUCAGUUAAAGCCCGGUGGAAUAGACACAUCAUCUCCUCAAUAUUUAGUUGAUUCAAUUCUGGAUUCCAUUAAACGCAGUACUGAGUUUCAACUAUCAGAAGAGGUCUCGGCAUCAGAGCUGGAGAGUUUGACACAUGAAUCUGUCAUUGAAGAUCAUUUAAUGUGUACACAACAUGAAGCUGGUCAUUUUGUGGUUGGCUACUUGCUUGGUGCUCUACCAAAAAGAUACGUUGUUUCUAAAAUGGAAGCUUUGAUGCAAAAUGAAUUUGUAGGAGGAGGGGUUGAAUUUAUGGGAUUUGAGUUUCUCAGAGAAUAUUUUCAUUCAAUGCAGGUUGAUACUGGGGGAAUAUUACAGAUGAACCUGUCCAGACAAAAACCAAGUGAUGGAAUCUAUAAAGGCAAAAUUUCAUCAACGACUUUGAACAGGUUUUCAUGCGUAAUAUUAGGAGGCUUAGUGGCAGAACACCUGGUAUUCGGAUACUCCCAAGGACUUCAUGGUGAUGUGGAAAAGCUGAACAGAGUACUUCGAUGGAUGGGUUUCGAAGAGAGUGAAAUUGAUUCCCACUUAAAAUGGGCUGUAAUGAAUACUCUCUUAAUAUUGGUUCGUCAUCAGGAAGCUAGAUCCAGACUGGCAGAAACCAUGGCGUUAGGAAAAUCAGUUGGCUCUUGCAUUGAUGUAAUAGAGAACAACUUAAAUGACAUUUAGGGAUGGCAACUGGGCGGAUAUUAGGGUAACCGUACCCGAUACCCGAAAUUGUUCCCGUACCCGAAUCCGCCCCGAUAACCGAACGGGGUGGGACUAGUUGUUCCAUAACCGAACCGAACGGAUUUCUGGUUAUACCCGAACCGAAUGGGUAACCGCAUAAACAACAAUAUCUUCAUCAACCCAGGAACGAAAUCAUUCACGGGACAAAAACAGAUCAUGUUCAAUACUCAAAAUAAACCCCAUAAAACUUCAAAUCAGUUCAACUCCACAGAUAUUUCCAAGUCAAAUACAUGUAUCUUAUACCCAAAACCUAUACGUGUACAAAUACAUCCAUUACAAACCUAUAAAUGUGCAAAUACAUGCCUGAUAAGGCUUUGAAAGAAUGGGGUAGAUGAGUAGAUCACAACAACGAA